CUUCUGAGGAUGUUCUAUGAAACUUCCUCGAAUUGGGUUAUCUUUCAGAAUUUUAAGAGUAUAUUUAUGCACUUGCUCGUGACGAUGAUAGUUUAAACCGAUCGAUUUUGUUAGAAAGUCGACUUUAUGAUAAUAACUCCGUUUAGAACUGAAAUUCUCUGAAGUUAGAAAAUAAUUGUUUGCCGUCCAAAUGAAAUGAAACCAGUGGAGUCAAAGACUAGUCUGAAUUCUGAAGGAGAAAACAUGACUUCACCUGUUAUAAAAGCUUAGAUAAUUAUGGACCACCAGUUUCCUGAUGUGAAUGGCUCUGGAAUUGACGAAGGGAAUGUUUUUUCAAGAUUGAAGCAGUCUAAUUUUAAUUUGCAAUUCCAGGAAUCGUUGGAUCCCGUAAAUGGCUUUGGAUUCGAUGGUGAUACUGUUUAUGCAAGUCUUCGUUCGGAGGAUCCUAGUACUUAUUCUCCUUUUUAUAACAUGAGCUCGGAAUUUGACUUUCCUGAUGAGCAUCAGUUCUACCCUGUGCUCAAAUACAUUAACCAGAUGCUCAUGGAGGAGAAUGUGGAUGAGCAGCCAAGUAUGUCCCAUGAUCCAUUAGCUAUCCAAGCUGCAGAAAAAUCUUUCUACGAAAUUCUUGGCGAGAACUACUCUCCUUCACCUCUUGAAACAUCUGUUGCAGCCCUUGAAAGAAAUGCACAAACCCCAGAGGGCUUUAGUGAAAGUUCCACUAAGGAUUCUAGGAACAGCAGCAGAAGUAGCAUUUCUGCUGCCCCCUCGCCAGUUCUUGAUCCUAAUGAGUGGCCUGCAAAACAGCAUUGUCCUCUGGGUAACUCUUUGGAGUCAUCUUUCCAGACAAAUUCAAUCGAGUCUCCUCCUCAGCUGAAGAAUUUGACUAUCUGUGGAGAUGGGCAGGUCGGAUCUCUAACUGAUAAGAAUCUUGUUUCCAGUUUCUACAGUGAUAGUAGAACCAUGUUGCAAUUCGAGAAAGGGUUGGAGGAAGGCAACAAAUUUCUUCCAACUGGGAAUCAAUUGGUUAUUGAUUUAGACAAGUACACAUUCCCAUCAGAAAUGAAGAAUGCGGAGCUUGUGGCCAAGGGAAAUAAAGAUAAGGAGGAGAAAUUGAAUAAUGGAUUGCGAGGAAGGAAGCAUCAAUACCUGGAUGAUAGUGAUUCAUACAUUAGAAGAAGCAACAAGCAGUCUACACUCUAUGAGGAAGACGUUGAAUUGUCAGAAACAAUUGAAAGAGCACUGCUUUAUGGUGAUGUCAAACCGUCCCAUGGAUUCUCUGAGACCUUGCACAAUGAUCAAUUGCUUCACAGAUCUCAUGUUGGAAAGAGUCAAACUGAAAGGCAGGUUACUGAUGGUGGACCUUUUGAUCUCAUUGCAAUGUUAAUUAGUUGUGCACAGUUUGUUGCCAGUGAUGAUCAUAGCACUGCAAAUGAACAACUUAAGCUGCUUAGGCAGCAUGCUUCCAGUAGUGGCGACCCACAUCAGAGGCUGGCCUUCAUAUUUGUCAAUGCUCUUGAGGCACGGCUGGCAGGCAAUGGACAUGACCUGCAUGCUGCCUUGACUUCCAAGCCAAUUGCAACUUCUGAGGAGUUGAAAGCCUUAAGGGUUUUUUUUUGUGCUCCAUUCAGGCAGAUUUAUGCUUUCUUUGCAAACAAAAUGAUUCUGGAAGCAGCAUCAAAUGCUACAACACUUCACAUUGUUGAUUUUGGAAUCACAUUUGGCUUCCAGUGGCCUAAUCUCAUCCAACGGCUAUCUAACAAAGAUGGUGGGCCUCCCAAGUUACGCAUUACAGGAAUAAACUUUCCCCAACCUGGACUUAGGCCAGCAGCAAAAAUAGAGCAGACAGGUCACCGCUUGGCAAAAUACUGCAAAAGGUUUAAUGUGCCGUUUGAGUACCAAGCAAUAGCAACAAGAAACUGGGAGAAAAUCACAAUUGAGGAGCUGAAACUUAAAAGGAAUGAAGUGCUUGCAGUGGCCUUUCAGUUUGAUUCAAAGAACAUUUUGGAUGAGUUAGUGGGGAAUGAAUGUCCGAGGGAUGCAAUUUUAAGCUUGAUCAGGACUAUGAAUCCCGAUAUUCUUGUAACUGAAGUUCUUAGUGCACAACUUUCUGGUCCUUUCUUUCUCUCCCGUUUCCGAGAAGCCCUUUUCUUCUUUUCCACUAUUUUUGAUGUUCUUGAUAACAAUUUACCGAGAAAAGAUGGGCAGAGGAUGAAAUUUGAACAAGAAUUUCUAGGAACUGAAAUUUUCAAUAUUGUUGCAUGUGAGGGCUUGGCUAGGGUUGAGAGGUGUGAGACAUACAAACAGUGGCAAGCUCGUUAUAAGAGGGCUGGCUUCAGGCAACUUCCCUUAAAUCAAGAUCUUAUGAAGGAACUAAGAAGCAAAGUUAAAGAAGGCUACCACAAAGAUUUCAUGUUUGAUGAGGAUGGUUGUUGGUUGCUUCAGGGAUGGAAAGGGAAGGUCAUAUGCGCUUGCUCUCCCUGGGUGCCUGCAUAGACCUCUCUCUCUCUACCCCCCAUUAACUUGCAGGUGCAUCUCUGGUGGAUGUGUGAGAACAUGAGACCAAUAGUUCAAGCUCUGCAAGUUUUUUUUUUUUUUUGGUACUGGCCUGAAACUACAUUGUGAUCAUGAAAUUUACUAUGCACAUAUAUCCUUUUGUUGGUGAAAUUGUUAAUAUGUUGAUGCAAUUUUCCAUAGAGCUGGCUUGUGUAUGUUGGAUGGUUAAUAUGGUUUAUUUUUGUGACUUUUACGAGGCUACUGUGUUUUGUUCUUUCAAGUAUCUGUCUCUGGAAUUUAUCGAGGUUACGGGGUCCAACAGUUGUUCUUGCUGUAUAUUGAUUUUAUACUUGAUAGAGAUUAUGCAAGAGUCUGCAGAAGAUGCUAAAAGAGAUUUUUGAGUGGACCAAGACAAAAAAGUGGGCUGGCUUCAGGCAACUCAAUGACAAACAUAAACACAGGAGACUAAAUAGAUUCACUUGGGAAUUGGGGAACAUCACCUGUAGACGCGGAUAUAAUGAUCUGAUUGCAAGUUCAGAUUAACAUUAAUUCAGCGAGGUCCCGAAUAGGUCAAUGUUUACCAUGGCAAAUCAGAAAAGAUGUCAAGGAAGAAAUAUCAAGCGAAAAAUCCUUGUUCCGACAUGAAUUUUACCAGAAGUUCAUGGCAACUUAUCCUUGAACAGAAUCUGGCAAUUCUCGGAGCAUUUCUUGAAGGAUAAUAUCCUAUUGCAAACUUAUUGUUGGGGCUCUGAAGGUUUUGAUUAAAAUCUGCUUGAGAUGUUCAGUGGAGUGUAAUGGGAUAGCGUCAGGCAUUAGAUCCACAAAUUCCUUAUCGUCACAGAAGUCCUUCCUAAAUACCUGCCCAUCUGACCAAAAUUAAGGGCAGAAACACAUAAAUGACUGAAUCAGGAUCUUAUAAAGGAACUAAGAAGCAAAGCUAAAGAAGACUACCACAAGAGUUUCAUGUUUGAUGAAGAUGGUUUUUGGAUGCUUCAGCGAUGGAAAGGGAAGAUUAUCUGUGCUCCCUCUUGCUGGAUACCUGCAUAGAACUCUCUUGUUGCAGGUGCUUCAAUGGUGGAUAUAAAAAUAGAUCAUGCUCUUGAAGUUUUUUGGUGGUAUUGGCCGGAAACUACAUUGUGAUCAUGAAAUUUACGCUAAACAUGUAAUUUUUUGUCAAUGAACUUGCUAAUUUGUCGAUGUAAAUUGCUAUAGAGCUGAGUUGUGCAGAUUUAAUGUUGGAUGGGCAUUAUUGUUUACUUUAUUCUUUCAAGCAUCUGUCCUCUAGAACCUUUUGAAAUUACAGGGUC